GUCUUGGCCGAUCUCUCAACAUGCUCUGUCAGCCAUGAUCGUGCGGCGCUUUCUGGUCCUCUCAGACAUCCAUUCGCACAUAGCCAACCUCGAGAAGGUCAUCACAGCGGUGCGGCGCCUGCCGGCUGUCGAGCGGCCCACUCUGACCUUGGUCCUCGGCGACCUCGUCAAUAUCAACAACAGUACGUCAUCGUACGCCACAGGCCAGCCGCGACUCCAGCAGCUCAUCAGCGACGCAACUGCUCGGAGCGCCGGGCUGGCAUCGAUUGGCGACGCGGACGACUGGAUCUUGAGGCUGCAGGAGCAGCUUGUCGAAAAGGAAAAGUCCAGUUUCGCUCAGGUCCUGGAGCGACUCGGCGACCUGGGCUCGCCAACAUGCUACAUUCCAGGCAAUCAUGAUUAUAUCGAGCUCUUUCGUGACAAGCAUCCCGAAUCUGGUCCGUUGGCAACGACGGGCCCGCCAUACGAUAUGCAAGAGAACACCGCAUUCAACAUCCAUGGCAGGCGCGCCGAUCUGGGCUCGGGCCUCUUCGUCUAUGGGCUGGGAGGAUCCGUUCCCGACAGACACUCUGCCGAUCUCUCGGUGGUGCAGCAAUACGGGUUUCCAUAUACCGAGGCCGAGAUGGAGGAGCAGGCCGAGUCUGUCCUGUUUGGCCAGCCAGAGACGGUUUCGUUGAAUGCCCAAGGCCCUCUGACCACCGAGCUGUUCCAAACCGAGCCUGCACAUAUCCUGGCGACCCACUGCGGGCCGGCCUCGAGCGGCACGACCAGCAGGCUGUUCGAUCCCUCCAAGAUCCAGCUCGAAACAGGCAGCACGGCUCUGCGGGGUCUGCAUCUGCGAGGACAGUAUCCCAAUGGCUUUGGCGGGGUCCUCUGUCAUCUGCACGGACAUGGACAUAUCUCAUGGGGCGUCCAGCAGAUGGGCCAGACAACCGUGAUUAAUCCUGGGGCGCUGCAAAAUGGCCGAUACGGCAUCGUGACCUUUGAAAAGCUGGCGACGCAGUGGCGGAUCUCCAGCAUUCGCCUCGAGACGGUUGCGCCAUGAGAGCAAAUUGCAUGGUGCAAGGCGGCGAGGUGCAUCCGAACUGGACCAUUGCCGGAUGUAUCCCGGGGUCCUGAAUACAAUCAUAUUUGCACCUGG